CACUGAACCAUAUCAUCACAACCUUUGGUGAUCAAAGAUGCGAUCUAUAUUGGCAGGUCCAUCCCUGCUACGGCAAUUGCCACAAGCACAGAAUGGAUCAUUGCAUACUUCAUUCUCGACAUGUGCCCGACUUUCGAAUCCUAAACCGACAAGGAUAAGCCGUGCUUCUGUUUCGCAGGUUCCUUCGAUUGGCUCAACUUCUCUUAGUUCUGGACAAGCUGCUCAUCUUCUCAAAGUUGGCGGUAAAGCCCAAUUGAUGGACGAAAAAGCGGAUAAACUACCACAAACACCAUUCCGUAGAGAAAGAAGAAAAGCCGAAAAAGAAGCACGCAAAUUAGCCGAAAAGAAGAAAAAGUUGAGUAAAAGCAUUUUCGCACAAGCAGGAAUUGAAGAAAAACGUACUUCGCCUUUCGUACGAAAUGAACAACAAUUCAAAACGUUCAAACCAAUCACCCAUUCUUUACGUUGGGUUCGAACUUCUAUACAACCUCAUAUCUAUAAAGGAAGACCUUUACGUGCCCUUACGAUCACUAAACGCAGCACAGGUGGAAGAAAUCAUCAUGGUCACGUCACCGUUCGUGGAAGAGGUGGUGGUCAUCGCAAGCGUAUCAGAGUGGUAGACUUUCAUAGAUGGGAAAGUGGACCGCAAAAGAUCAUACGAAUCGAAUAUGAUCCUGGACGUUCUGCCCAUAUCGCACUGGUAGAACAUGCAGAAACGAAAAUCAGAAGUUACAUCUUGGCAACAGAUGGCUUACGCGAAGGGGACAAUGUACAAAGCUAUAGAUUGGACGAAGAAGCCAUCAAACAAGCUACAGGAGCAGGUGGUAGUGCAUUAGACAUGGGUAUGUUCCGUACCCGAGCCAUUCGACCGGGAAACGUUCUCCCAUUACGAUUGAUCCCGAUCGGUACGAUGUUGCAUGCAAUCUCGCUUGAAGCUCGAGGUGCAUCAAAGUUAGUCCGUAGUGCGGGUGCAUAUGGACAAUUGGUCGCUUUUGUUCAUAAACGUUCCGAUACGACUAAACAAACAGCAAAGACGUCUGCAAAAGGAGAAGCAGCCAGUUCUCCCGCUCAAAGUGCAUUACCGGGAAGCGGUAAAUACUUUGAAAAUUUCGAAGAAAGUGCUCAAGCAGCAGAAAGUGAAAAUGCAAACAAUAAAGAAGGUGGAACGACAUCCGUCUAUGCACAAGUACGUUUACAAUCCGGCGAAGUACGUUUGUUGAAGAGCGAUUGUUGUGCAACGAUUGGACGUGUAAGCAAUAUCGAUCAUGAACACGAACGGUUGGGUAAAGCAGGAAGAUCGCGUUGGUUAGGACGUCGACCUAAAGUUCGUGGUGUUGCAAUGAACGCAGUUGACCAUCCUCAUGGUGGUGGUCGUGGUAAGAGUAAGAGUAACAAACAUCCUCGUUCCAUUUACGGUCAAAAGACUAAAGGUCCACGUACACGUAAACCUGGUACUAAGAACGGUAACAGAAUGGUUGUCAAAGAACGUCCACGUGGUAUUGAGAAACGUCGUUAGUGUCCUCUUCUCAUUGUAACAAAUAUUCAUCAAUGCAAUACUUCUCUUAUCGUAAACAGUGAUC